AUGUACUCCAAGGCUUUCCUCGCUGCCCUUGUUGGCGCCACCGCCGUCUCUGCCCACGGCUACGUUGAGAAGAUCACCGCCGGCGGCUCCACCGUCGACGGUCUCAACCCUUCCAGCUACCCCUACGCCAGCGAGAAGCCCGUCACCCCCGGCUGGGCUGCCACCAACACCGACCUUGGCUUCGUCGCCCCUGACGCCACUGGCGAUGCCGACAUCAUCUGCCACCGCGGUGCUACCCCCGGUACCAGCUCCAUCAAGGUCGCCGCCGGUGAGAAGGUCACCGUCAAGUGGAACACCUGGCCCGACUCCCACAAGGGCCCCAUCAUGGACUACCUCGCCAAGUGCUCCGGCGACUGCACCAAGGCCACCAAGGCUGACCUGAAGUUCUUCAAGGUCGCUGAGCAGGGUCUGAGCGGCGGCAAGUGGGCUGCUGAGAAGUUGCUCGAGAACAACCUCAACUGGGACAUCACGAUCCCCGGUGACGUCGCCGCUGGCAACUACGUUCUCCGCCACGAGAUCCUGGCCCUUCACUCCGCUGGCCAGGAGAACGGCGCCCAGUUCUACCCCCAGUGCAUCAACCUCGAGGUCACUGGCGGUGGCUCUGCCAACCCCACCGGUGUUGCCGGCACCAGCCUCUACACCGCCAAGGACGCCGGUGUCAUCUUCGACAUCUACAGCGGCAAGACCGACUACUCCAUCCCCGGCCCCGCCGUCUACUCCGCCAAGAAGCGCCGCAGCCACGCUCGCGACAUGACCAUUGUCAACUAA